AUGAGGUAUCUACCAUGCGGCUCUGUAUACUUUCUUCUCUCGGCACUGGGACCGCAAAUUACGCAGGCAUCAAUCUCCUUCGAUCUCAACGAUGAAGUAGCUAACUCCACCGACCAAGUCUCCAUAAAAGCCGCCGCCAAAACUGCCGCAGCCGGCAUGCUAAAAUACUACACAGGCAAUCAGCCAGGCGAUGUGCCAGGCAACAUCCCAGGUCCGUAUUACUGGUGGGAAGCAGGGGCUAUGUUCGGUGCAAUGGUAGAAUACUGGUACUACACUGGCGACACAACUUGGAACGAAAUAACAACACAAGCCCUGCUCUGGCAAGUAGGCGACAACAACAACUUCAUGCCUCAGAACCAAACCCUCUCCCUCGGCAACGACGAUCAAAUAUUCUGGGGCUUUGCUGCCAUGUCGGCUGCCGAGCUGAAAUACCCCGAUCCACCGGCUGAUCAACCGCAGUGGCUGGAACUUGCGGAGAAUACCUUCAACUCGCAAGCUACACGCUGGGACAUGACCACUUGUGGAGGUGGGUUGCAUUGGCAAAUUUUUGAGUAUAAUGGUGGGUAUUCAUAUAAGAAUACCAUUUCGAAUGGGGGUUUCUUUAAUGUAGCUGCGCGGUUGGCACGUUAUACGGGGAAUCAGACAUUCGAAGAGUGGGCGAAUAAAGUCUGGGAUUGGAGUGAGGCUUUGGGGUUGAUCAGCGAAGAUUAUCUCAUUUAUGACGGGACGGAUAGUACUGGGAAUUGCUCCAAGGUUAAUGCUGUGCAGCAUGCUUAUUUGCCUGCAGUCUAUUUGCAUGGGGCGGCGAAUAUGUAUAACAUUACCAACGGCGCGACAAUCUGGAAAAAACGCAUUGAAGGGAUCAUCCACGGACUGACGACUUUCUUCCCGAGUGGACAAGAUGUGAUGGUUGAACCAUGCGAAAAAGACCAAUGCGAUCUCAAUUCGAGAUCGUUCAAAUCCUACCUGGCACGGUUUAUGGCUGCAACUAUCCCACUAGCCCCGUUCGCCAAUGAGACACUGUGGGAUAAGAUCCAAGGAUCUGCCCAAGCUGCCGCAGAGCAAUGUAAUGGGCCUGAUAAUGCUUGUGGGUUGAGGUGGACCAAGGGUACCAAGUAUGACGGAUCUACUGGUAUUGGUGAGCAGAUGGCUGCGUUGGAGAUAUUCAAGGCGAAUUUGGUACAUACUGUUAAGGUACCUGUUACGGCGAAAACUGGCGGGACUAGUAAAGGGAAUCCUGGAAGUGGGAAGGAUACUGGAUCUGGCUCUGGAUCUGGGGAGAAGGAGGAUAUCCGAACGAGGGAGAUUACGACUGGUGAUAAAGCUGGUGCUGGUAUUGUUGCUGCAUUGGCUGUUUUACUGCCCAUUGGGAGUGCUGUUUUUAUUGUCUUGUGGUCAUAA